GAGAGACAUCGAGAUAUGGAAGGAUUGAAGAAGACCGUUGGGAGAGAAGGAAGCGUGCUGGGAUCGGAACCGUUGGCUCGGAAUCUCAACGUCCUCUUCAUUUGUCUUUGUUCCCCAAAAUACAACGUUAAAUAUCGGCCUCCAGUCACCAGCGUGAAGAUGGAACCCGCCAAUCAAACCUGUCAAACCAUCGUCAAAGAGGAGGUGCUGAUGAAGGGCAAAUGGGCCCAACUCCUCCAGACUACAUACGUCGACCCCACCGGCAAGACCAGGGUGUGGGAAACGGUGAAACGAACAACCAGGAAACCGAACAGUAAAUGCGACGGUGUGGCCGUGUUAGCCGUGCUGAAGAAGACUCUACAUUACGACUGCCUGAUCAUGGUGAAGCAGUUCCGGCCGCCCAUGGGAUGUUACUGCCUGGAGCUGCCCGCUGGUCUGAUCGAUGACGGGGAGACUGCGGAAGGAGCGGCCCUGCGGGAACUGCUGGAAGAGACCGGGUACAAGGGGGAGGUCAGCAGCAUCACUCCAGUGGUGUGCCUGGACCCCGGACUGACCAACUGCACCAUGCAGUACGUCUCGGUCAACAUCAACGGCGACGACUCGCACAACAUCCGACCCAAGCAGCAGCUCGAUGACGGAGAAUUUGUUGAAGUUAUUUUAAUUCCUUUGAAUGAACUUCGAAAGAAAAUUGACGAAAUGCUUCAAGCGGAGAACAUCAUGGUGGAUGCCCGUGUUUACAUUUACGCCCUGGGAUUGACACAUGCAACAUCUAAGCCAGACGUCUUGCCCGUCUUAAAAGCUUGAAGGGAAGACGUUAUCUGCGUCUGCGGCCAAACCCGCUCUUGGGAGCAGACGUUCCAGGAGGAAGUCAGUCCCAGUCGAGCUGUGUGAACCCCAUUUUUUAUAAUCUGUCGCUGUGCAAAGAAGUUAUAAUAUUAGUCGUGUUCAAAUUAAGGUAGUUGCAGGAUUAGGCAUAGGAAUGCAAGUUUACACAUCUGCCUUAUGUUCAAAGCAAGUGUGUGGCAGGCAACGCUAAAACACUGCUGGCAAUUGUCAUCUCUGAGCAAGGAAUGAGCGAGUUAGUGAUAGAAAUUAUGUUGUGUCCAAAUAUAAUCUUCCCCGCGCAAUUCUAAAACCUUGUCACUGACCGCCUUGUAGGUUGCACGAGGGUUUGAUAAAAGUGGCACGGUGGCGCAACGCCAGAGACCCGGGUUCCAUCCUGACUACAGGUGCUGUGUGUGUGUGUGUGUGUGUGUGUGUGUGUGUAUCUGUAUGUAUCUCUGUGCUUGUGU